AUGGCAGACCACGAGCACGAUCAUGACUUCCAUACUGGAGAUGCAGGCGCCGCAACAACAUAUCCAAAACAAUGCUCUGCUCUUCGUAAAAAUGAAAAUGUAAUGCUCAAAGGACGCCCAUGCAAAGUUGUUGAGAUGAGCACUUCAAAAACUGGUAAACAUGGUCAUGCUAAAGUUCAUCUUGUUGGUUUAGAUAUUUUCACAGGAAAAAAACUGGAAGAUAUAUGUCCGUCUACUCAUAACAUGGAUGUUCCAGUUGUAAAGCGCAAGGAAUAUCAGGUGAAACUUCUCUCUAUAAAUGACGAUUCCUAUGUCAGCUUAAUGGAUCUGGAUACCUGUGAAACAAAAGAUGACUUAAGAUUGCCUGAAGGUGAUUUGGGAGAGCAAAUCAAACAAGCCUAUGAAAGAGAUGAAAAUGGGAUACUGUGCCUCGUUGUUACGGCCUGUGGCGAAGAGGCAAUACUUGGUUACAAGAAUAUGCCAAAUAAGGAUGAGAAAUAA